AUGAACGCUUUCGAAACAGAAUUAGGUGUGCUAUCUGAAAUAGCGAAAGCUGUUGAUGAAAUGGGUUGGUUACUACCGACCGAUGUUCAAAGUGAAGCUAUUCCGAUGAUUCUUGGUGGUGGUGACGUUUUAAUGGCAGCUGAAACUGGCAGCGGAAAAACUGGUGCAUUUUGUUUACCAAUAUUACAAAUUGUGCAUGAAACACUGAGAGAUAUUCAAGAAGGAAAUAAAGGUCCUCGUACAGGAACACAAGCUAGUUCACACAAUGAAUCCAAAUCAGUACAACUUAAUUUGUAUGAUCGUUCACAUGGAUUAGCUAUCGAUGCUGAUGGUUUCACAUGUCAAAGUCGAGAUCAACGACAAUGGAAUGGUGCUCGUUCAACGAAAGGUGUAAAAGGCAAUGGUCGAUAUUAUUUUGAAAUAACCCAAACCGAUCCUAAUGGGAUUGCACGUAUCGGUUGGUCAGUAUCAUCAGCACCGCUAGAUCUUGGAACCGAUAAUCAAGGUUUUGGCUAUGGUGGUACAGGAAAAAAAUCAUUCGCAAAACAAUUUGAUGAUUAUGGUGAAACAUUUGGUGUUAAUGAUACUGUCGGAAGUUUACUAGAUCUUGAUCUAAUGAAAAUUCGAUUUUUUAAAAAUGGCAAAGAUCUUGGCCAUGCAUUUGAUAUUCCUCGCCCAUUACAAGAAAAUGCUUUUUUUGCACAUGUUUGUUUGAAAUCAUGCGAUAUUCGCGCUAAUUUCGGUGCAGAACCAUUUAAAACAACACCGAAUGGUGCCGUAUCAAUCGAUAAUGCACCAAAAGAAUGUUUAGUUCAAUCGCAAAUCAAAGGUAUUGGUGAAAAUGUAACAGCAAAAAAACGUCCAUCAAAUGCACCAUUAGCAAUUAUUAUGGAGCCUUCUCGCGAAUUAGCUCAACAAACUUCCAAUCAAAUUAAAGUAUUUCAAAAAUAUUUGAAUAAUCCUCGAGUUCGAGAACUCGUAAUUAUUGGUGGUGUAGCGAUUGGUGAACAAAUACGAGUAUUACGUGAAGGUAUCGAUAUAAUUGUUGCUACGCCAGGUCGUCUAGAUGAAUUAAUUAGUGGUGGUGAAAUUGAUUUAACACACAUGCGAUUUUUCAUUCUUGAUGAAGCUGAUGGUUUACUAUCACAAGGAUAUAAAGAUUUAAUAACAAGAUUACAUCAAAGAAUGCCUAGUGUUACAUUAGAUGGAAAACGUUUACAAAUGAUUGUUUGUUCUGCAACGUUACAUAAUUUUGACGUUAAAAAAUUAGCUGAUGCAAUUAUGCAUUUUCCAACAUGGGUCGAUCUCAAAGGCGAAGAUGCUGUACCAGAAACUGUUCAUCAUGUGGUUUGUCUGGUUGAUGCAAAGAAAAAUACUCUAUGGCGUGCUUUACGUAAUCAUAUAAAGACUGACGAUGUUCAUCUCAAUGAUGAAUUAAAUUUUCAAAGUGAAUCUAAAGAAACUCUUUCUGAAGCCAUAAAAAUUCUUAAAGGUGAAUAUUGUUUACAAGCUAUUGAUAAAUUUAAAAUGGAUCGUGCAUUAAUAUUCUGUCGUACAAAACUUGAUUGUGAUAAUUUAGAAAGAUAUUUUAUUAAGCAAGGCGGUGGACCAAAGUCAAACAAACACAGAUUAUCAUGUGUAUGUUUACAUGCGGAUCGAAAUCCUGAUGAACGACAACGUAACUUAGAAAGAUUUAAAGCUAAUGACGUGAGAUUUUUAAUAUGUACGGAUGUUGCUGCUCGUGGAAUUGAUGUUAGCGGUUUACCAUUUGUAAUUAAUAUGACAUUACCCGAUGAAAAAGAAAAUUAUAUUCAUCGAAUCGGACGCGUUGGACGAGCUGACCGAAUGGGUUUAGCAAUUAGUUUUGUUUCGACGGUACCAGAAAAAGUGUGGUAUCAUACAUGUCAAAGUAAAGGUAAAAAUUGUCAUAAUACAACAUUGGUCGCUCAAAAUGGUUGUUGUAAAUGGUAUACGGAAAUGACUUAUCUUGCUGACAUUGAAGAACAUCUUGGUGUAACUAUUUCGCAAACCGAUGAAAAAUUGGAUAUACCAGUUGAUGAAUUCGAUGGAAAAGUCGUUUAUGGUGAAAGACGAAAAAAAGAAAUACCGGCAUCUCAAGGACAUGUUGAUACAUUGGCGCCAACGGUACAAGAAUUAGUUGCACUCGAGAAACGUGUUCAAACAUCAUUUUUUGCAUUACACAAUUGUCGAAAUAUAAUGGCUACCUCAUAA